AUGUUAACAUUGACACUGUGGCGAGCCGCGUCACCACAAUAUUCUCUCCCGGCGGUUACACUGCCGUGGUUGGCACCACCACUCGGUGUCCAACGGCGUCCCUUCGGCCUGGGUCCCUCAUCAUUAUUCAGCAAAACGCCAACGCGUAACUAUUUCGAUUCUCGACUCACUCAUUUUCAACCAUUUUCUCCAUUCUCUACUCUGGAUAGAAACGCGUUUUCAGCUACCGACGGCCUGAUUUGCUCCAGCUUCGAGACGUGCCGAGCUAGUACAGUCACUGGAGACGGUGGUGUUUUUAAAAUCGUAUAG